AUGCCCUCUUUCGGUCGCAUUGGCAAGCAUAGCAAUCGUUCCCAGCAUAAUCUGGUUGAGCAACAGCAACAGCAACAGCAACAUCAUCAAUUCCUCCUUCAGCAGCAGCAACAACAGCAACAGCAGCAGCAGCAGCAUUCUACUCAUCAGCAACAGCAGGUGGCGGGCAGUGGAGCUGCUGCACCGCCCCAUCAUCCUCUUCAACAACAACAAACAAGCGGUGCUACCGCUUCUACCACUUCCCUCUCUUCUCCUGCUUCAGCGUCUACGACAGGACCUGGCCCCUUGAACGGAGGUCGUCGAGUAUCUGCUGCUGGCGUUGCCGUUCCCGUGACCGGCCAGUCUCUGCCAGUGUCAGUGGCCGUCGCCGAGUCUAACACAACAGCUCCGUCAGCCUUGUCAAUCGGCCUUAGCUCUAGUGAGUCCUUUCAACAACAACAAUUACCACCACCUCCACCACCACUGUCGUUGCAGGCACAGGCCGAUACCAGGGCUGCCCAACCACAAACGCAACAACAAACUCCACAUACCUCACCACACCAACUCCAACACCAGCACCACCAUCAAUUAAGUGGACAGCAGCAAAUACAGCCUGCCCAGCCUCUAGAAGCGUUCGGAAACAAUCCAUCUAAUAAUUUACCCACUAAUUCAAUACCCCUCAAUCAAGCCUCCGCUGCUUACACCGCGCGACAGCAGCCCCACGACAAUUUCGCCGAAUUGGUCUCGCGCUCCCAAUCUGCUAGAUAUUCCCAAUUAAACCCACUGCAGACCCAACACCCAUUCGGCCUCUCGUCUAGCUCGGUCGAUAACCUACCACAGACCGUCUCUUCUCCUGUUGUCCCUCCCAGCCAGCCACCAGUCCCACAUAGCCAAACCGCCCCCACCGAGACAAAGCGAUCAGCGAGGAAGUUGAUCAAGAACUUCAUUGCCGGUUCUUCUUCCAGCAGGCCUACUUCAGAUCACUACCAGGACGCGUCCUACGACAGCGGCUCUGGCCUGACCCGGCGACCAUCUAAGCGGGCUAGCAACACACCUGUUAUUAGAGGAAGCUCUUUGUUGUCGCGGCCUAUUGACCAUCCCGACUGGGUUCCGCCCCCAAACGCUGGCUCGCGCAGCCACCACCACUCACCUAUCCAACCUGUACGCGACCUUGACGAUCCUUAUUAUACCGCCUAUUCUAACCAAGAUAUGCUUUCACAGAACCACCAAGAUCUAUCGCGGAAUACUAUUAGACGAAUCCCUGCCGACCCCGACCCCGAUCCCGAUACCUCGCCCUACAGUCGCGAAGACCUCGCUUUUCACCAACAGCAGGCUAUCGUCCAGCACCAAGCUCAGUUACAGGCGCAAGCCGCCCAGGCUCAAGCACACGCUCAAGCGCAGGCACAGGCCCAAGUAGAACAGCAGCAGCAGCAGCAGCUAUACGGCGGCCAGAUCGUGGUCGACCCAGCACAGAACCAGUACCAGUACGCACCCUCUUACGAGCAAUACCAGGUAGGAGAUCGGCGUCCGUCCCUUUUCACUGGACAUCUUAGCGCGCCGAGUCCACAACCACCGAACCCAGAAACCGUCUCGCAGGUGUCACAUGAAUCGCCAGAUUCUGAUUCAGACUAUCAACAUCAACAGCAACAGCAACAACAGUCAGAAGCCAACCCAAGACCUUCACAGGAUUCACCCGCCGUGAAUUUCUCGCAGCAAGACCCACAAAGCUCACAGAGCCAGCAGCAGUCAUCGGUGUCAGUGGGACAGAACCCGAACAUGGCACCACCACCCGGAGGGCCCGGACAAAGCCGUAGAUCAGGAGACCACGACAAACAAAUGCGCUCCGUUGAGCCCCCUCCUGGGCCUCCUCCCGGCUAUAGACAUAGCCAAGGGCCUCUGAAUGCGAUGAAUCCCCUUCCACCUACGCCCGGUGUAACCAAUGCGCCGCAAAACUACCGCAGUAGCGGCGUGCAAGAUCGACCACAGUUCGACGGACCUGGUCCCGAGGGUCGAAAUAGUCCCCAGCCCUCAAACAGUACAGAUCGAGAAGCCGACUCGGAGAAGCUUUCUAAAGACAUCGUAACUAAGUAUAAGAACGUCAAGAGGCUUUAUUUCGACGGCAAGAAUCAGAUCGAACAGUUAACCGCUCAAGUCGAGCAGUUACAGAAUGCGGUUGCAAACCAGAGAAUGUCCCAGUCUCGGACAGCACUCGACGACAGUGAAUAUUCAACUCGGUUUAACCGACUCAAUGGUGCGAUCAAUAAUCUAUCCUUUAACAUUCGCAAGGAUUGGCGAACGCUCCCUGGUUGGAUAGAAAGAUAUGUUAGUCCGGAGGCCAUUAAAAUAGGCAAACAGGAAAUGACGGCAGUCGGACGAGCCGUAAUUGUUCGUUGGAUAGUUGAAGAGAUUUUCAACAAAUGCUUUCAUCCCGGCUUGGACAUGCAUCUCAGCUCACAUCUGAAGCAAAUAGAGCAGAAUAUUCGCAGGUUUUCGUACACGCUGAAUAGCCAGGAAGAGUACGAGGCGCUAACAGCUAAGGUUGUAAACUGGCGAAUGGCCACUCUAGAGGGCCUCCAACACAUGCUGCAAGCGCCCGAGAGCGCCGAAUACCGCACCGACUUUACUAAGAUGGCCACUAGUAAUCUGACGGCGACGCUGUACCAGUACCUGACAGAUCCACCCCCUGCCGGCGUAGACGGCAGCGCAUCGAUGAUCGUCGAGUUAGCGGUGGGCAUUGCGGCUAACCUACCCCUAGAGAGUCGAGAUGUAGCUAUCUCAUACCCCCUUCCUGAGGACCCCAUACAGCCCAACAUUAUGGAGCCGGAGAAGACAGGCUUGCCUCCGCUACCGGAGCCGACAGAGGACGCCGACGAGGGCAACGACAAAGAUAGCGACAAAGCGAAGCGCGAGAAGUCGUCAAAGAGCGGUAUGUUAACAAUGCUCGGCGGAUCCUACCCGUCCAGCAGGAAAGGCAGCGCCGCUUCAGUCCUUACUGACACCACGACAUCGGCAGCAGCAGCGUCAACAUCACUCUUACCCCCUAAAGACCCCAACAAGGUACGGUUCGCAGGUUUCGUCGCGGUUGAAGUCAGAGGAAGGCAGGUCUUGGUUAAGGCUCCUGUUUGGAGUCUCGGUUAA